UAGAUUCUCAGAGUAGUUAUCUUCGAUAACAAUGAGAGGACGGCGAAGCAUAGUGCAAGUUCAUCUGCCCCUCAUUUUCCUGCUUUUUCUUACGCUCUCAUGGCUUCCUCAACCCACUUUCCAGCAGCAACCCAUCAAAACCGUAGUGGUUUUGGUGAUGGAGAAUCGUUCAUUCGAUCACAUGAUUGGAUGGAUGAAGAAACACAUCAACCCACAAAUCAACGGCGUCACUGGCGAUGAAUGCAACCCCCUUUCAACCAAGAAUCCCAACCCUCAAACCAUUUGCUUCUCCGACGACGCCCAGUUUGUAGAUCCGGAUCCGGGGCAUUCAUUUGAAGCAGUUUUACACCAGGUAUUUGGCUCUAAUUCCAUUCCUUCCAUGUCUGGCUUUGUAGAACAGGCUCUGUCCAUGUCCCCAAAUCUCUCCCAGACUGUCAUGAAAGGCUUCAACCCUGAAGCUGUCCCCGUUUAUGGAGCUUUGGUUCGUGAAUUUGCAGUGUUUGAUCGGUGGUUCUCUUCAAUUCCUGGCCCAACUCAACCCAAUAGGCUCUUCGUUUACUCUGCAACUUCUCAUGGUUCAACCAGCCAUGUGAAGAAGCAAUUGGCUCAGGGAUAUCCCCAGAAAACCAUUUUUGAUUCACUGCACGAGAACGGCCUCAACUUUGGAAUCUACUUCCAGAACAUACCCACAACUCUGUUUUAUAGAAACUUGAGGAAAUUGAAGUAUAUUUUCAAGUUUCAUCAGUACGAUUUGAAGUUCAAGAAGGAUGCUAGAAAUGGGAAGCUCCCCAGCUUAACGGUGAUUGAGCCACGGUAUUUUGAUCUUGUGGGAAUGCCAGCCAAUGAUGAUCACCCCUCUCAUGAUGUUGCCAAUGGGCAAAAGCUGGUGAAGGAGGUUUAUGAGACUCUGAGGUCUAGCCCACAGUGGAACCAGACACUGUUCAUAAUCACUUACGAUGAGCACGGUGGAUUUUUUGACCAUGUCAAUACUCCUUUUGUCAAUGUCCCUAACCCUGAUGGCAACACAGGCCCCCCUCCUUAUUUCUUCAAGUUCGAUCGGCUCGGAGUCCGUGUGCCUACAAUUAUGGUCUCGCCUUGGAUUAAGAAAGGCACGGUACUAAGCAGUCCGAAGGGUCCUACACCAAACUCAGAGUUUGAGCAUUCCUCAAUCCCUGCUACCAUAAAGAAAAUAUUCAAUCUCUCCUCUAACUUCCUCACUCACAGAGAUGCAUGGGCUGCCACAUUUGAGGACGUUGUGGGGCAAUUAGGCUCCCCAAGAACCGACUGCCCAGUGACGCUGCCUGAAGUGACACCAUUGAGGAAAACAGAAGCGAAUGAAAGGAGUGGACUGUCUGAGUUCCAAAGCGAAGUAGUUCAGUUGGCUGCUGUUCUGAAGGGCGACCAUUUCCUGAGCAGCUUCCCUAAUGAAAUAAGCGAGAAGAUGAGCGUUAAGGAAGCGCACGAGUACAGUAAAGGAGCUGUUUCGAGGUUCAUAAGAGCGAGCAAAGAGGCCAUCAAGCUGGGUGCAGAUGAAUCUGCGAUUGUGGACAUGAGAUCCUCCCUUACUACAAGAUCCUCAACGCACAACUAAGUGCAUUUUAGACUUUAGAAAUGGACAGCCACUGUAACUAUAUACGGUUGUUUGUGUGUGUAUCCAAGUACAUUACAAAACCUUGGUGGUGCAACUCAAAUACACGAAAAAGUGCGCAUUACAUUU